AUGAACCGUCAGAACAUUCACAACUCGGAGCAGAGCUCGAACAACCACAGCUCGAACAGCCACAUCUCUAACAACCAAAGCAGUGAUAGUGCUCAAGUCUCUGGUUACGCGACUCCAAACACAGAUCCCCUACUCCAUACUAUAUAUGCCGAGGAUUCGGAUUACUACAGAAGUUUUCUCGAACAACUUCUGGAUUUGGUUUGCAAUGAGGAUCAAGAGACGGUAGCUCGAUUAGUCACUAUCAUCCGUUCUGGUGCCUCUCAACGAGAGAUCCUCGCGGCGGUUUCUCAAAUGCAGAAUGGAAACAACCACUUCAGGGAUAAUGGUUUCACAGGAUCCUAA